CACAAAAAACCUGGAGGGUCUGGACUUCGCCGAUGAUAUAUGUCUGAUUUCCCGCAAACUGGAAGAUACGCAAGUGAAACGCAACAAGCUGGCAAAAGAAUCAUCAAAUAUAGGCUUUCAGGUGAACAUGGAGAAAAUAGAGGUGAUGAGGAUUCCUGGACAACAGCAACAACAACAAGAGAUAACAGUCAGCAUAAAUGGGAGGAACCUGAAAGAAACAACCUCCUUUAUCUACCUGGGAAGUAUCGUUUCGACUACAGGCGGAUGGAACUGAUGAGGAUAUCAAAGCAAGGAUCGGGAUGGCAAGACAAGCUUUCAUUACUCUCAAGUCUGUGUGGAGGUCAACAGCACUCAGCAUCAAAAAUAAGAUCCGGAUUUUCAACUCCAAUAUGAAGCCAGUCAGUGCUACUAUAUGGAUCAGAGACUUGGCGAGUCAUAAAGAGCAUCUCAAACAAACUUCAGAC